AUGGACAUGAGCUCAGCGAGCUCGUCUAGUAGCGAAGGAUCGUUGGAAGUGGUAAAUGCAGCCGAUUGCUCUUCAACUUGGUCCAACUCAAAUUCAGUCGCUCAUUCAGAUGCUAAAAAAACUAAAUGGCAUCGAAGCCCGUAUACACCAGAUGGAACAAUAGGAGAUCCUUCAUGGCACGUGGCCUUGAUGGUCAAAGUAUCCUGCGCCCUGAUGUUCAUUUUUGGAAUUAUUUCUGAUUGGCUUCGUGUAAGAGGAUAUCUGAAGGUGAAAAUCGCGAAUGAUGAUCCUCGGCAUAAGGGUUUUGCCCCUCUUGAUAGUCAUUUUGAAGGGAUAUACAUAAAUCAUAUCUACCGAAAGUCGAGUGAUGUUGUCAACCGUCCGAUUACCAGCGUACCCGCAAGUGUGAUGCGAUUGAAAGAUCGCUAUACUGACGACUAUGGUUGGACACAGAAGUAUACUGGAACAGAAACUGACGUGAUCAACAUGGGAUCCUACAACUACCUCGGUUUUUCACACAACGACGGCCCAUGCGCCGAGGAAGCCAUGCGAUUUAUUGAUAAAUACGGGGUGCAUAUCGGUGGUACCAGGCACGAACGAGGCAACCACAUCGUUCACGCUCAAAUAGAAAAAUGUGUUGCUCGUUACCUUGGAGUGGAUGCGGCAAUAGUUUUCCCUAUGGGUUUCAGUACUAAUUCAAUGAACAUUCCGUCUCUUGUUGAUAAGGGAUCGUUGAUUCUCAGUGAUAAGCUCAAUCAUGCCUCUCUAGUAUUGGGAUGUCGAGUGUCCGGGGCCACUAUCAAGACGUUCAGGCACAACGAUGCGAAAGACUGUGAAAAGAAGUUGAGGAAUGCCCUAUGCGAGGUAAGCCCCAAAACUGGGAAACCAUACAACAAAGUUCUCAUCGUUAUCGAAGGCAUUUACAGCAUGGAAGGUACCAUAGUGGAUCUGCCAGAGUUCAUACGGGUGAAAAAGAAGUACGGGGCUUACAUUUUCUUGGACGAAGCGCACAGCGUUGGUGCUCUUGGACCAACGGGCAAAGGAGUAGUUGAGUAUUGGGGUUGCAAUCCCAAAGAUGUGGAUGUGUUGAUGGGCACACUGACAAAGAGUUUUGCUGCAUCAGGAGGUUACAUAGGUGGAACAAGGGCCUUGAUAGACCAUAUACGAUAUGGUUCCGCUGGACCUUGCUAUGGAUCUGCAAUGUCACCUCCGAUAGCUGCGCAGGUGAUGAGCAGCAUGAAGAUCAUGCUUGGCGAGGAUGGUACUGACAUUGGCGCUCGGAAAGCUGUCCAACUGUUACGUAAUUCGCGAUAUUUCCGAAGGCGAUUGAAACAGAUGGGCUUCCUUAUAUAUGGCCACGAAGAUAGUCCUGUUGUUCCUUUGAUGACAUUCCAUAUCACGAAAGUAGUCGAGUUUUCACGAAGUACGUUAGCAUGCGAUAUUGGACUUGUCGCAGUUGGAUUUCCAGCCACACCUGUGACUAAAGCCCGAGUUCGAUUUUGUUUGAGCGCAGACCAUACCAAAGAGCAACUAGAUUAUGUCUUAGACGUCGUCGACCGAGUUGGUGAUCGAACAAACAUCAAGUAUGGAGAAAAAGUUGACAAAGGAAAAGUCAUCGAGUAUUAGGCAUCUAUAAGAGCAGGAAAUAUAGUGAAGAACAUAAUGCUCAUGGCUCAACAAGUGUUGGCCCCGGACAGACUCACGCGAUUUGAUCGUCGCGACUCAGUCGCCGACAUUUCCAUUCAUUUUCAUUUCAUGUUCAAAAAUUUCGGGCUGGAAAAGUAUUACAACCGAAAUGCAGGUUGAUCGGCAUGGAAUGAGGUUGUAACAGUUGUCUCGUCGCGAUUCAGUCGCGACGAUCAAAUCGCGUGAAGUCUGUCCGGGGCCUUAGAGACAUUUUUAUGUGUGUAUAUCACGAUAUAGCAUUUUCUUCUUGUUAGUAAUCCAUUGCUUGUUAAGUUAUACAGCUUUUGAGCUCAAUCGUUUGUUAUUCGUGUCCCUGCACUUCCGAGUCGGCUUUCUAGACACUCAGUCUACAUUGACUACUAUGCGCAGAUUCUUCGUUGUUUUGUUGCCAAUUCGUUGCGAGGUACGGCACUUGCCAGAUAUGUUGUUACUCAGAUUCAGCGAAAGCCAAAUAAAUAAUAGGAAGUCCAGUUUGCUUAGGUGUUGAUAAUUUUGCUGUUGAAUCUAUCCGCUAGCCUCAAGGCAAUCAAAUAAAUAAUGUUGC